AUGUGGCGUUUUUCGCGUAAUAUAGCCAUAGCUGCAGCAGCCGUUGCGCUUGCUGGUGAUGUAUCUUCUACAGAUGCAUCUGAAUCUUUAUUAGAGAAUUUAUUGGCGAAUGACGAUGGAUCUGAAUCAACAUCAGCAGCAACAGCAGCAGCAGCAAUAGCAGCAGCAGAAGCAGCAGAAGAGAAGGAACUUGAGAAAGAAAAAGAAGAAAUGGAGAAGAAUCAAUCAAAAGAUGAAUUAUAUAGAGAAGAAGAAGAAGAAAAAGAAGAAAAAGAUGAAGAAGAAAAAAGAAGAGAAGAAGAAGAAAAAGAAAUAGAUAUAAAAGUUGCAGAAAUACAAGCAAUGGAUGAAUCAGACCUUAAAUUAUAUUUACGUAGCUUAUAUUCCCUAUCUAAAGAUGCACAAGAAAAACAACUUUUUCCUCCUGGUUCCCUUGAGGGUAUGCAAGAUAUAUUAAAUAGAUUAAGUAGUAUUGAUGAGGAAAAAAGGGAUGAAAAAGGGGAAGAAGAUAAUGAUGAUUUACCUAUAGAGGGGGAAGGAGAGGAGGAAGACGAAGACGAGGAAGAAGAAAGAGGAGAAGGAGAAGGCAAUAAUGUUGAGGAAUUAUAA